AUGAAUAAGUUUCUGACUAUCGUGACAUUCUCAGUACUCGUUAUCGCGUUUGUAUUCGGUCCGAGUACUGAUGCUGCAGCUACAAGUGGCGGAAGUUCUAUUAAUCCUGGUAUAAAACGUAUUUCUAUGCAAAAGGUGAAAUAUCAAUGUAGUAACAGCGCAAGUAGACAUAAAUGUCAUGGUAAUUCAACAAUAGCAGGAAUAAGAAGACAACGAUCGGUUACACCAACAAUAGCAAAUGAAACGCUAGUAGAUCAGUUUUGGGGAACAUAUUGGACUGGUUUGAUAACAAUUGGCACGCCAUGUCAGCCAUUUUAUGUUGAUUUUGAUACUGGAUCAAGCGAUUUAUGGAUACCAGGUGGUCAAUGUGGACCUUCAUGUGGUGGUAAUCAUACAUUCAACUCAAAUUUAUCGUCAACAUGCAGUGUAACAAAGAACCCGUUUUAUAUUAGAUAUGGUGAUGGCAGCAAUGUAAACGGAACAUGGGCAACUGAUACAGUUAAUAUUGCUGGCAUAUCAGUUUCGAAUCAAACAUUUGCGAUUGCUACUUCAGCUAAUGGUAUGAGCGGGGGCGCACGCGACGGGCUACUAGGUAUGGGUUAUCAAAGUAUUACAAGCGGUGGUGAAGAGCCAUUGAUAUGGGCAAUGUAUCGACUUGGUCAACUAAGUCUACCAUUAUUUGGCUUUUGGUUUGGCCCAGUAUCGACUGGUUCCGAUACAGGUGAAUUGAUCUUAGGUGGCUAUGACGCAACGAAGUAUACCGGAUGUUUUACGUAUGCCACUGUUGCUGUGAAAGGUUUCUGGGAAUUUGUUGCUGACAGUAUUGGAGUCACUGUUGGAUCGACGACAACGACAAUAGCAUCAGGAAUCAACGCUAUUUUAGAUACUGGAACAACAGCUGCUAUUCUGGGCCCAGCCACUUAUGUAAAUGCAAUCAAUUCGCUUUUGGGUGCGACUUGGAAUUCAACAUUUGGAUGGUACACUGUUAAUUGUCAAACGAAACCUUUGUCAGCAUUUCCAAACAUAACGAUAAUCAUCAGCGGCGUUCCAUUCACUCUCACGCCCUUGAUGUAUAUUCAAAUAGCAGGUGGUCCUUCGAACUACAUAUGUUACAGUGUUAUAUCAACAAUAAGUCAAAAUGAUGCGAACUCAAAUCCAAUUUGGAUUCUUGGCGACUUUUUCCUGAGACAUUUUUAUAGCGUGUUUGAUAUGCAAAACAAUCGUAUAGGAUUGGCAUUGUCAACAUCGUAUUCCAUUGUUCAAACACCGCCUAGUACUUUGUUUCAGUCAACUACAACACUUUUUCCUCCGUCAUCAACAACAACUAAUACAGUUACGACUACUGUGGCGUUACCAGCACAGUGUUUCAAUUACACCACAAUCAAUGAUACAACACGUUUAACAACGGCUGGUGCAAAUGGAGGCUGUGACUCAACUGUCUUCAGCAGUACUAGUACAAAUGUUCCGACAUUUGUUCGCUUUGUAAGUCCAGGUGGAACACGAUUAGCUACAUCACCACCCAACUCAGCUCAAGGAUUCGCGUGUGGAACAUAUGCAGCAGGCUGGACUAAUGCAACUUACCCGUCUGUUGUCGGUCAAAGUGUCAGUGCAUUUGCAUGUUUUGCUUAUAAUGGUAAUCCAUGCUUUGGUUCCGUUUAUUGGAAUGUAAUAACAAAUUGCAAUGGGUACUAUGUGCAUGGAUUAUAUUCACCUGGGGCCUGUGCAUACCGAUACUGUACUCAAUAA